GUUCAACCCAAAGAAUCAGAUCCAGAUUCUUAGAAUAGUGCAGAACGUGAACAUAACGAAACUGAACUCAACUUUCGCUGGCGUUGACACUCCGCUUUUCGGCUUCCCUUCUUUCCUCCCGGGAAACAAGAAACCCACAAAUCUCUCUCAAUCCAAUUAUCAAAAACACAAGAAUGGGAGUGUGAGUCAAAGCGGAAUUUGAAAGGAGAAGGAAAACCGUAAAUUCAUUUCAACUGCUUUUCCAAACCGCCCAGAACUGAAGAAUCUAUAUACAAUCACGCCGUUCAUAAAGGAAAAGAACACAGAUUUUUCCGAUUCGGAUUCCGGUGAAGUAUGGCUUACAGGAGGAGGCAGCAAGUUGGGAGGGGUGAUUCCCUUUACGCGUAUAAUUACGAUUCGAGCCCUCCGCCGGCGGCCGAUAGCUCCUCGUCUUCGUCUUCUGCAUCCUCGCUCGCCACUAAAGCCAUCAGAGCUUCGUCGGCGUACUGGGAUUCUUCGCUGUCCUCGGUCUACGAACAAUCUGCUCUCCAUUCUCCACGUGGUUCAACUCCUUCCUCUGCUAAGGAUUCAUCCAUCUAUGACCAUCCACCAAAGAAGAACAUGAAUGACUCUAAGCAAGGAUUCUGGGGGGUGCUAGCUCGGAAAGCUAAAUCGAUUAUUGAUGAUGAUGGUAAUAUGGCUCGACCACAUGAAACUCCUGGAGGGACAACACUUCAUACCUCUAAUAGAAGCAAAACAGAUCAGUACGAUAGCAAAUAUGACUCUCCGGGCCGUCAAAAGAAAGAUGGUCCUGCAUUACAGAAGGGAUUAGAUGCAAUUGCAUCAUCGCUUAAUUACAUUGGCGGCACCAUUGGCAAUGCUCUUGAGGAGGGUAUCACAGCAGUGGAGAACCGUACUGCAGACAUAAUUCAAGAGACUCGUAAGAUUCAAAUAAGGAAGAAGAGUGGUAGCUCCAGAUCACCGAACGAGGCUUCAAAUCUCAGUAGCUUGAGACAACCACCUACUACGCAGACUAAUAUACAACCUCAGAUGCAUGCUGAUUUGGAAACGCAGCUGAAGGCAUCUCGCGACGUUGCGAUGGCAAUGGCUGCUAAAGCAAAACUUCUACUGAGAGAGCUGAAGACAGUCAAGGCUGACCUGGCGUUUGCAAAGGAGCGUUGUGCUCAGCUUGAAGAAGAAAACAAAGUCCUCAGAGAGAGCCGUGACAAUGGAGACAACCCUGAAGAUGAUGAUUUGAUAAGGCUUCAGCUUGAAUCUCUUUUGGCUGAGAAAGCUCGUCUUGCACAAGAGAAUUCAGUCUAUGCACGGGAGAACCGUUUCCUGAGGGAGAUUGUUGAGUACCACCAGCUCACCAUGCAAGACGUAGUGUAUCUGGAUGAAGGCACUGAAGAGGUCUCGGAGGUCUACCCCAUCAAGAUAACUACAGCGCACAAUACGCAGUCCUUUGGCACAAUGUCUGCAGGCUCUCCUACCCCAACAAUUCCCCAAGGUGCAGUUCCCCAGAGUGUCUCUCUUGGUUCCAUGCCAUCCCUAGAGCUCAAAGAGGUUCCCGAAACUGUCAACACAGUAAACCCUUAUGUCCAAAUGCCAGCAGAAGAUGUUAGAAGACAUUAACUGGAAUUGGUGGCACUGAUUGGAUUUUCAUUCCAUUUGAAAAGGUUUGAAGUUGUGUCGGUAUUGGUUGCUUAUUUGUUUGUAAAGUUGGUAUUCAUCGGCUGUUUACUCACAAUUUUUUGCUGUAAAUUAUUCUAUUGCUGAUAAUCUCAUCCCACCAAUGUAUCUUCGGUUUAAGAUGAAAGGGCUAAAAGGGUCCCCGUACGCAGUCAUGUUGUAAUAUCUUCUUUUCUUUCUUCUUGGUACUUUUUUCUGUUUCCAGGCCCCACUGUAAGCUUAGCUUGUGCUUCAUUCCCCACAGUGUGAUACUGCUGACUGAGAACUGUAUAUUAAUCACAGAUCUACUUCUCUUAA